AUGGCCAACUACCUCGCCUCCAUCUUCGGAACCGAGCAAGACAAGGUCAACUGCUCUUUCUACUACAAAAUCGGCGCCUGCCGUCACGGCGACCGCUGCUCCCGCAAACAUGUCAAGCCCUCAUACUCGCAAACCGUCCUCAUGCCCAACAUGUACCAGAACCCCGCCUACGACCCCAAGAGCAAGAUGAACCCAUCCCAGCUGCAGAACCACUUCGACGCCUUCUACGAGGAUGUCUGGUGCGAGAUGUGCAAAUACGGCGAACUGGAGGAACUAGUGAUCUGUGAUAAUAACAACGACCGUAAGUCUUUCUUCUGCCCCCGUCCCUCCCCCCAAAUCAAACCUACACCUGCCUCGGCCUCGGCCUCCUCCUCUGCAAGAUCCCAGCUAAUCAAUUCCAAUUCCAAUACCUCAGACCUAAUCGGCAACGUCUACGCCCGCUUCAAAUACGAAGAAGACGCCCAAGUAGCCUGCGACACGCUGAAUUCCCGUUGGUACGCCGCGCGACCGAUCUACUGCGAAUUAUCGCCCGUGACGGACUUCCGCGAAGCCUGUUGUCGACUGAAUAGUGGCGAGGGCUGCGUGCGCGGCGGGUUCUGCAAUUUCAUUCAUCGCAAGGAUCCCGGCCCUGAACUCGAUCGCGAAUUACGGAAUAGUACGAAGAAGUGGCUCCGCGAGCGUGGUCGUGAUGCGAGAAGUGUGUCCAGGAGUCCUAGCCCUGAACCUACCCGGCGGCGAUUCUGA